UGAGAUCUGAGGGGGAGAGGGACAAUUGAUAAAAGACAUUGGAGGUGGCUCCCACACCCUUCCUCAGAACUGCUGCCCACAUGCAGUCCAGGACACAACCCCUAACUCAGGCCCUGCCCUUUUCCCUCGGAGGGGCCCUGCAAGAAGCUGGUUUCCAGGUGCCUGUCAUGAAGAUGGGCAUAGAGUGGGAGGGCCUGCCUCAGACCAUGUAGGAUGUCGCCUACAUCCGCCUAUGCUGCUGGUGUAUUAAAGAGCUGCUGGAUUAAAGGCAGCAUGGACUGCCUG